AUGUCUGCUUUGGACGACGAGACCUGUUUCGACUCCGGCAGGUCUAAAAUUCCGUCUCGGACCAGAGUCUUGUCGACAGAGCAGUCGGUCGCCAAGUACCAGAACGGCGACGUUUUUCUUUUCCAGAAAUCGGGCCACAGAACCAUGCCGUACGUGUUGAACGGCUCGGAGGCAAAGAUGGACUCGUCCAGUGACUUGAUCAGCAACGUCUCACUCUCCAGCAACAGAACGUUCUGGUAG